AUGUUAGCAUCUGAUCUUCCACUAGAGAUUCUUUCACAUCUCAAGAUUUCUAGACACAGAGGGUCAUGGCAACCAGUUUUUCAAGCAUCACUAUGGGAUGAUCUCCAUAUAAGUCCUACAAAUGAAAAGCUUUUUUUCGAUCUAUUGGAUGACCCACAGACCAUUCAACAAUGCUUUCCGAACCUACGUGGAUUUGCAUCGAUGUUGAGAUACAAGGAAGAUAUAUUGAGCUUUAUGCCGGGAAGUUGGAAUGUGUGGACAUCAUCACUGCGAGAACUUACCAUAGCCUCUCUUUCUUUGGGUAUUCUUUCUGACAAGAAAGCAACCAUGAAGUUUCUAUCCCAACUUCCCGGACUCUCGCUGUUGAACCUGAUCCACUAUAACCCUCACCAACCUUUCCAGUUUGGCAUGGAUGAGUUUGAGAAACUUCACAAGUUACUACCGCGACUAUCUGAUCUCUCGCUAAUUGUUAAGCCAGGUCCACUUUCAAAAAAAGAUCUGUCAAUAAUCGACAAAGUACAACCAAUCCAUCAUUUUACUCGCUUGAAUCUUACUGUAUUCGGGACGCCCUAUCAGCGGCCAUUUUAUUUUGCCUACAAAUACCCUAAUCUACGCAGCCUUGAAUGGGAGAAUUCUGUGGAAUCGGAUAUGAUUAGUGGAACUUGGGAUUCCAAUAUAGACAAGUUGUUCGAAGUCUUACCUCGUACAUUUGGCAAGUUGGAGAGCGUCAUUGUUGGUACACGAGAAACCUUAGCACUGAGAGUCACACACCUAUUGUCAUAUCUUGACAGGGCUGCAGUGUCAGCUAAACACUUGAAUUAUCGGUACCUUUCGAUCCCUGCUGGGCCCGAUCCUGCACUAAGGACCACUGAGCCAUGUAUAACUAUGUUCUCGACGACUCUCAAAAGAUUCAGUCUUACUUAUCCAACCUGCUUCGUAAGAGUCUAUGUUAAAAAGCCGAUUUUUGAGUACUGUCAUUGUCUGACAGAAUUAAACUUGAUCAACCUUGAUAUAAUUGUCGAGCUGGAUGUUCUGUUCAAUUGUCUCCCUUCCCUCACAAGAUUCACUUUUUACGGAGGAAUAUUUUCUGUCAGUCAAGGGGUAUCGAAUACAGUGUCCAAUCAUGGAUUUCUAAAGCUAAAUCUGAAAUCAAUUCGAGUAAAAUUCGAUGCAUUUGAAUAUAUGUCUUUCCAUUGUAGAGAAUUGAGAGCUAUGGAUCUAAUAAGAGUGAAAGUGUCCGGUCACAUCUCUCAGAGUACAGGGAACAUUCUUCUCAACAUGCCUUACAUUAUUCUCAAGAGCUUAAAUAUUUGUAAUAUGCAAUAUUUUGACGAAAACGACGCGGAAUAUCAGUUUCCCAUCAAUAUAAUGCGUGUUUCACAACAAGGAAAUUCUGGAGAGGAAAGGAGAGGAAAGGAGAACCCACAGUAG